AUGACAGCUGUGGCAAGAUUAAUAUGCAACAGCAUUGAUAAUGUAAAAAUACAUCCAGAAGACUUGCUUCCAAGUGGUGUAAUCAAUAUCAAAAUUUUGCAGCAAUAUAAUUAUCCACUAUACAAAAAAAUUAAGAAAGAGAAAUAUCUUGAUAAAUUAAAAUUGCAUGAUCUUGAAAGUUACAAGAGAACGUGGACAUCACCAUUGUAUAAGCAAAAAUCACAAGAAAUUACAGAACGAUCAUAUUCUCAUCAAGUAGUUAAGCCAAUAUUUGAUUUUUUGCUAUAUAAUAUUGAAGAAAUUGAUAUCGAAUUUGAUGGGAAAUCAGAAUCUACCAUAAAUAGAAAUGGUCACAAAUGGGAAUUAAUGUUCUGUGAAAUCAGUUACAGACCAUACUCAUAUGACAAAGCACAUUACUUAGAAGAUGGAGUAAGACUGGGAAAAUUUGCAAAAGAUUCUUACAAUUAUGACCACAUGUUUACUCAAAAAUUUGAAAAUUUGAAAAAACUUGAAUCUAUCUUUGAUAAAAUCAAACACUUGGUAAUCCAUUUUUACAGUACAAGAAUGGUCAUUUUUGUUCUGGAUUACAAUUUAAAACCUUUUCAUAGAAUGGUUUUAGUAAAAUCAUUGGAAGUUCCGAUUACACAAAGUUCAACACAGAAAAUUAAUGAAUUUGUU